GCAAACAUCCAGAUUCUUUAGCAAUUUGUAAGAGAUGUUUGCUUGUGAUGGUUGUCCUUGAAAAGUUCAGAUCGUAUACACCUCUAAAGACGUCGAGAUCGCYGCAUUCAUGGAGUUUUCUUCUGAUACUUCGCGUCGAUUUAUUUCCAAAUACAACUUUCCACCAUGAAAAACUUGUAAUACCAACUCUGAUCAAGUCCGAAGGGCACAGAUAUUCAAAAAUAAAGAACCAUAUAUGCGAGCGCAYGUCCAUGUUUUAGCCGGUACUAGAACGCACUGCCUCAACUUCGUGUUUAGCUUUUCAGCACGCAUAGCACAAAAGUAAGUCUAGUAUUUCAGUCAAAAUCACACCUUUUGCCUUACACUACAAUGCGUCUUUCAUAUUUACCGGAAACACCACUGCAAGAAAAGCUACGUUUAAGAUCGAGCAACCUUAGACGCGAUAUUCACUGUUUUAUCUCUUCAGUUCGAAGUAUGACAGACAGUGCAAGGUAAGUUUGCAAUACCUAAUGUAAAGUCUACCAAAAUCGUGUAAGAUACUAAGUAUAAAAACCGAUAUACAAAUUAUUGCUUCCAAUAGGAACAAACGUGGUGGUAGCUCACCGAAUAACAUGSACGACCGCAUGGCAAAGCGUCCCAAACCCUCUCUCUCGGUGUCAUUGAAGCGCUUGUACGGCAAAUCGACGAGUAGUCACAAAAAAAUGCUGGCAUUUCAAAAGUGGAGUGGAGGGGCAAAUUUUGCUGAAUGUGCAAGAAGUCUGGGAGUGGCGGAAGCCACUGCUGAGGUCUACRUUAUAGAUCUUAUUGCAGAAGGGAAGGGCAACAAGCAACUCAGAAAAAAAAUCGUAAAUGACCUGGAGAUCGACUUUCAAGCAUUCGACUCUGUAAAGGAAGAAGUCAGCAAAGAUGGAAUGUCCCUUAGAGAAAUCAAAGAUAAAACUGGCUUAAGAUACAAUCAAAUUAGAUGUGUAAUUGCUGUUUUAAUACAUGAUGCUUGAAGUCAUAUGCCAUAUGUGUUUGAAGCCUGGAGCUACACCAUUGCAUCUGGGUUAAGGAUAAUAAUUAUAUCAUAUACUUGAAAACGUCCUCAACUUGAGUCAAUUGUUUGAAAGCAAAGUGUAACUCUAUCUUCUGCUAUUAGUACAUUUCCUACAGUUUUGUUUAGUAUAACCAACCCAUAUAUUAUAUAGUAUACUAUUAUUGCAUAUCCAAUCAAUGAAAAUGAAUACUUUCUUGUUGUUAUAUAUAAUCAUGGGUAACAACUUUCAUAAAUUACAGAAUCUCAUUUUUAAAUAAUAUC